UCAGUUGAUUAUGCAGAGGAGAAGAGUUCAAAGAAGCACCAAAUUUACAGCAAGGAAUUCCAGGCUAUGUUAGAUGCUUUAGAUGAAGAAGACAGCUUAGAAGAAGGUGGUCAAGCAACAGAGAAGAAAAGGCGUUUAUCUAUGCAUCAAGUUAAGGCUUUAGAGAAGAAUUUCGAUGUGGGAAACAAGUUAGAACCAGAGAGAAAAGUGAAGUUAGCUGAAGAAUUGGGGUUACAGCCAAGGCAAGUGGCUAUUUGGUUCCAAAACCGACGUGCUCGUUGGAAGACCAAGGUGUUGGAGAAAGAUUAUGCAAUGCUUAAAGCUAAUAGAGAGAAGGAACCUCCUAGAAAUUGUUCAGAUUGCUUGCAUAGCCCCUCAGACAAUAGACAAUUAAGUGGCGAUGACUGUCCCUUGGUACCACCAAAAUCCUCACCUGAAAUGACUGUAAAUGGAUCUUAAGUUAUUUGGGAGAAUCAUCAUGCGCA